AUGGCUAAAAACAAGAAGAAACUUAAAAGUAAAAUUGAGGAGAAAUUACCAUCUAUCAAAUCUUCUACUUCUUCAUCAUCAACCAUAAAAGACUCCCAUAAUAAGAAGAAUGUUAAACUGAAAAACUCACCCACAACCAAAACUACAACCAAGGAUUCAACCAAGAAUGUACAAGCAAAACUUCAACGUCAACCAAUAGAACAACAUCAUCAACAAAGUAUAUUCAAAGAUUCACCAGUGUAUGAUCUAUUACAUUAUUUUGAAAAAGCACCAGAUCAAUGGGCAGCAAGAUAUAUUCUUAUAUUAACUUCAAUUAUAUUAAGAACAUCAGUUGGAUUAGGUAAUUAUUCAGGAUUUGGAACACCACCAAUGUAUGGAGAUUUUGAAGCACAAAGACAUUGGAUGGAACUAACUAUAAAUUUACCUUUGGCAGAAUGGUAUUUUUUUGAUUUACAAUAUUGGGGAUUAGAUUAUCCUCCAUUAACUGCUUAUCAUUCUUAUUUAAUUGGAAAAAUUGGAUCAUUUUUUCAAAAGGAUUGGUUUGAAUUGGGUAAAUCAAGAGGUUAUGAAUCUUUGGAAUUAAAAUUUUUUAUGAGAUUAACUAGUUUGGUAAGUGAAUUUUUAAUUUAUAUACCUGGAAUAUUAUAUUUAUCUAAUUUAUUAGGUAAAAAAUUUAAAUUAAAUAGAAUGGAUCAAAUUAUUUUAUGUUUAGUAAUUAUAAAUCAACCACAUUUAAUACUUAUUGAUCAUGGUCAUUUUCAAUAUAAUUCUAUAAUGUUGGGGUUUUUCAUUUAUUCAAUUAUUGAAUUAUGUUCAAAUAAUCUUGUAGUGGCAAGUAUUUGGUUUAUUAGUUGUAUUAAUUUUAAACAAAUGGGAUUAUAUUAUUCACUAUUUAUAUUUUUUUAUAUUUUAAGUCAAUUGAGAAAUUUUAAAGAGUUAGUUAUGAUUGGUUUUACUGUUAUUUUAACUCAAGUCUUGUAUGUGUUACCAUUUUUAGUACAAAAAGAUUUUAAGUCGUUGAUUAAUCAAAUUGUUAUUAGAAUUUUCCCUUUCAAUAGAGGAUUAUUUGAAGAUAAAGUUGCAAAUUUUUGGUGUACUACUAAUUUACUAGUAAAAUAUAGAGAAUUCUUGAGUAUAUCACAAUUAUCAAAAUUAUCAUUAAUUACAACUUUAAUUUCAGUUAUACCAAUAAAUCUUUUAAUUUUUUAUAAAUUAAAGAAGUCUACAACUGAGAAUAAAAAAAUUUCAUUAUUAAUUUAUGGAUUUGCUCAAAAUUCAUUAAGUUUUUAUUUAUUUUCUUAUCAAGUUCAUGAAAAAUCUAUUUUAAUUCCAAUAAUUCCAAUAUUAUUAAUAUUAUUUAUAAAUCAUCAAUCAAAACAAAUUUCUUUAAUUCAAUGGAUAAAUAAUUUAGCUACUUUUAGUUUAUAUCCAUUAUUAAAGAAAGAUGAUUUAAUUUUACAAUAUUUUGUUACUUUGUUUGUAAUAAAUUGGUUAAUUGGAUUUAAUAAAGUUUUUCCAUCACCACCUAAAAAAUUUGAAUUUAAUAUUGUUAAUCUAAAUACCGUUGUGAUUUAUUUAACUUAUUUAUUAGUGGUGAUUUAUCGUUUAUUAGAUGCUUUUAUAAACCCACCUGUAAAUUUACCUGAUUUAUGGAUAAUUUUAAAUACCAGUAUUUCUUUUGUGGGAUUUGGUUAUUUCUGGAUAUGGUUAAUUUAUAUAAUUAUUAUAACUUAA